AUGGUCGCCGACACAGCGUACUACGACUUGUUAGGGCUUCCGCCCUCGGCCACAGCGCUCGAUAUCAAAAAAGCAUACAGAAAAGCGGCGAUUCGUUUGCAUCCGGACAAGAACCCUGACGACCCUACCGCAGCAGAACGUUUCCAAGAAGUUGGAGAAGCGUACCAGGUUUUGCUGGACGACAGAUUGAGAGAAAAGUAUGACAAGUUUGGAAAGCAGGAGCUGAUUCCUCUGGAGGGUUUCGAGGACCCGCUGGAGUUCUUCACUAUGGUUUUCGGUGGAGAGGCGUUCAAGGACUGGAUUGGCGAGUUGAGCUUGUUACAGGAGGUGGAGAAGUCUGCCGAGCUCCAUGGCUUCGCUGAUGAAGAAAAAGAGAAGGAGCAGGCCAAGGAGACUGACGCCAUUUCGGACAUCAACGAGAGAACGAACAAGUUGUACCUUGAGCAUGAGGACUCGAAUUUGACUGUGGAGGAGAGAGAGAAGAAGCACAAGGAGGAGGAAGAGAAACGCCGCAAGGAGGAGCUUGAGAAGUUCGAGGAAGAGUGCAACGUCAAGAGGGCCGAGAUGAGAGGCGAACUCUCCAAGAAAUUGGUCGAUAAGCUCUCCUUGUUCACUGAAACAGACAUGGCCGAUGACGUGGCCGACUCGUUCAGACAGAAGCUCAAGUACGAGGCCGAGUCGCUCAAGAUGGAGUCGUUUGGCUUGCAGAUUUUGCAUACCCUUGGGUCGAUCUACAAAACACGGUCCAAGAUCUUUUUGAAGAAACAGACGUUUUUGGGCAGCAUUGGUGGGCUCUGGUGGUCCGUCAAGGAGAAAGGCAGUGUGGUCAGAGACACUUUCAAGACCGUUUCCACGGCGUUGGAGGCCCAGCUGACUUUCGAGGAGUUUGCCAAAAUGCAAGAGGACAAUGAGUACCAUGCUAAGAAGGAGGCCGAGGCCGCAGCCACCACCACAGAGGAGCAGGAGAAGGUCCGCAAGGAGAAGGAGGAGUUAGAGGAAAAGCUCCAGCUGCUUCAGGAGGAGAAGGAGAAGGCCGGCACUGUCACAGAGACCUCUAAGGAGGAGAAGGUUCCUGAUAAGCACACCCCAGAGGAAAUUGCUGAGAUGCAAAACUACCUUGUGGGUAAAGUGUUGGCUUUGGCCUGGGCUGGUUCAAAGCUCGAGAUCCAGGGCACUGCCGGUGGUGUAUGUGACAACAUACUCUACGAUGAAGAGGUGCCACUAGAGAAGAGGGUUGCAAGAGCCAAGGCACUUAGAAUUGUUGGCGAGGUUUUCAGCGGAAUGACCAGGACAGAGCUUGAGGACGAAGAGGCCAGGAUGUACGAAGAGAUCGUCGCCCAGGCGUCUCAGAAGAGAAAGAAGAAGACACCUGAGGAUGCCGAAGCCGAGGCCAAGUCCGAGGCCGAAAACGCCACCAAAUAG